CUUGCGGAGUAUAAGUAGCGUAGCACGUGGAAUGCUCGCGCAGUUGUAGCAAAACGAUCGACGCGUGCAGGAGAGAGAGAGCGCAGCAAUAAACAGCGUUCAUUGAAUGCCGACUCUACCUUGUGCCUUGUGAAAUCAGUUCCACGACGAGAGAGUGCUCUGCUCGACACGGCGCGGCAAUGGAGGGAGCUGUGGGCAUCGCGCCGGAUUUGUUGGUGAAAAUGUUGUCUUGCUCCGACAGUCACACCUUGAUUCUGGACUGUCGACCGUUCAUGGCCUUCAACAAGGGACACAUAGUGGGAGCCAUCAACGUUCACUGUCCACCCAUACUCAAGAGGCGUUCAGGCGGCUUCGUUGCCUUGGAGAACAUCGUACCGUGUGCGGAGAAGCGUGAGAAACUUGUGAGUGGACAGUACGCGCGGGUGGUGGCCUAUGACCAGUGCACCAGUGAGCUGGCGUUCGCUGCCACGGAUUCCAUCUUGUACUCAGUGGUGAAAAGUCUUUUGCAGCAAGUGGAUAUAGAACACGUGUUUUAUGUUGUUGGUGGCUACGACGCCCUGUGUGAUGAAUGCCCCUUGCUGUGCGCCACGCAGCAGUUCUCUCCCUUGUCUGGGACAAGGUCGCUGGAGGAUCAGUCUCACUCGGAUGAUGACGAGCCUGUGGAAAUCCUACCCUACCUUUACCUCGGUAACGUGCACCACUCCUCUUGCCGGCAGCUAUUGCAGCGCCUGGGGGUCACAGCCCUGCUGAACGUCUCCACCAGCUGUGCCAACCACUUCCCGAGCCUCUUCCAGUACCUCACCAUCCCCGUCAACGACAGCGCCUCGGAGGAUCUGGCCACCUGGUUCUCCACGGCUAACGACUUCAUCGAUUCCAUAAAGCAGAACGGCGGGAAAGUGCUGGUGCAUUGCCAUGCCGGGCGGAGUAGGUCUGCCACCGUGUGCCUGGCCUACCUGAUGCGCACCUGUCAUCUGUCUCUCGACGCCGCCUAUGAGCACGUGCGCACGCGACGCGAGGUCAUCGACCCCAACCUCAACUUCAUGCAGCAGCUGCAGGACUACGGGCACCGCAUAGAUCGCGGCGAGGUGCCCCGCACGCCCACCGCAGUCCCCUUGACACCCUGCGCCUCCAGGUCCCGCUCGUCCCCUCAGACUCCCUGUCCUCUGUCCCUGGGGGACGGCAGCUCGGAUCUUCCGACUCUUCUUCUAACGACAGAUUCCUCCGACGAUCUCGAACUCCCCCCGUACACGUCCAGCAGAGCUUCCGCCCCCGCCUUCGUCCGCAGCCACCCCGUCCGACAUGCCCUGCUUUUUUUCCUUCUCCAAUCCGGACUUCAUGAUUCCAAGAUCUCUGGCCUUGACCCCACUUCCCUUGCCUAGUUAGUGCAGCUGGAGGGAGGUUCUGGAGACAUGACGAGGCCGUUGUUUCUGCCGGAUGCUUGACCAAAGACGCUUAGUCCUACGACCUGGAUCUCGAUGUGUAGGUGUGUGUGUGUGGAUGAACCAUUGCGAUUGUGCCUGUGUACCUCGUUCUGUGGAGUACGUUCUCCAUGUGGAUGAGUGCUUGGCGAACAUUUUCUCGAGUGCUGACGACGAGGACUAAGCUGUCUGACAGACUAACCAUCAACUCAAGUUGUGUCGGGGUCGCAUGCUUCUGCAAAACACUGCGAUGCUGCAUGACUCUUGGAGUUCCUGAAAUAAUUGAAUAAUUUUUGUUAAAGGAAAAAGGGAGACACAUGUUUUAGAGUUAUUCCAACUGAAGCUCAGGUUUCUGCUGAAGCAAUAUAUUUUUGUUGUUGUUGUUGAGAAGACGCAUGAACGAACGAUUUCAUUCCUUUCUAAUAUACUGUGAACUACAGGAAAAUGUCUUUUUUUUUCGAAGUAUCUGUUUAAAUGUGUAAGUGUUUUUUCGGGUACACGAUUUAGUAACAUGUGAUUCUGGGCUGGUCGUCAGCCCUAGCGUGAGGUUUGAACCUGAACUACUGCCAAUGCCAUAAUAACAAGCGUGCUUCACCGCAGCACGAGACUGUUUACUUCUAAGUGCCGUUACUGGAAUAUUUAUCUCCUUGUGGGGGUCAAUCUCGAGAGUUUACCCAUAUUAAAUAAGAUUGUCUUCAUCUUGUUUUUCUGUCUAAUCCAAUCAAUUCUGACCAGCGAAUCUGUAUUUAAUUGUCUAAGUCGGUCGCUGUCCAAUCGUCCAACCAAUCAGUCUCUGUGUAUCAUGCCUCUUUCUUCAUGCAGUCUCUCUGUCCACUUCUGGUCUCUAUCAUCAUGCCUUAAUGUCCAGAUGACUGCAUUCAAGACAUGCGUCCUCCAUGAUGACCACAGCAUUAACUUGAAUGAACACUGCUGCUUGUGAAGAAGUGAAUACCGUGUUCGUACAUUGACUGAAGCCUGUACCAUUGCCCUCGUACAUUUGUACACCUUUAACAAAUCACAGGAACAUAACCACCUGUGACAAACUGCUGGGGUUGUUAAUAGUGUCAUUGAACGACUUUUAUUCCUUGUCUUACUUAGUUUACUGAACACAAGAGCUGCUGUGUUGAGUGUAUUUUAGGCUCAAUUUUAUUUGCAUGUCUGUUAGAAUUCUGUGCAGUUUUUUUAAAAAUCAAACAUUGUAUCGCCUCGGUAAUUCCGUUUAAUGCUGGGCAAAAAGUAAAAAUUUAACAACACUUCCUGUGUUAGAUUUACACAUAAAAUGGCUAUUUUCACAAAUUAGAAUUAAAUAUUUAAUGCCUUUAAAGGGAAGGGGGAAGUAAGCCAGAUGUCCGGAAGCGGAAAUCUGGCGCCGGCAAUGUAGAGAGAGAGUUUGAGCAGUUUAUUGCAGACGAGAGGACACAUCACAAUGUUUGAAGCUCUUGAUGAUCACUAGUAACGGAAUAAGCAUUAGAGAUUUAAAAAAAAAGUUUCAUAUUCGCUAGGGAGGGUAACAUAAAGUUUUAGCAAGUAAUGCGGAGGACGAGAAGGGUGGGUGAGGUGCUAAGUGGCUGGGAGGGGAUGGCGGGGGUAGAGGCGCAAACAAAUCUUUAAGGAAUGGCUACUAAGCAAGGAAAGCCGGUAUUUUAGGAAUGAACGCUUAGUCGCCGAGGAUAUGUUAGCUACGCUCGGCUCACAGUUUCCAUCAAACGUUUUGAGAGUUGCUUGCAAUCAUCAAGACCGCUUUUGCUCGUCCCGCAGUCAUCUUCAAUGUCGGUCCUUCCCUCACAACCCGCUUGUGUAUGUUUGUGAGUAGGCGCUAGGUGGCUGGCUGUUACACACACACCCCGCACAUGGGUGCUUGAUGCGGGUGGAGCUGGCCAGCCAGCUCGGGCAUUCACACAGGUGUGGGGAGAGAGAGGGAGCAGGCAGAGGUGCGAGAUAUAGCUUGAGCGUUCUGUUGUCAAGGUGCCACCGCACCUUCAGGAAGAAUGAAUACACGCUCGUGUUGGUGAGACAACAGUGUGUGUGUGUGCAUGCAUGCGCUAACAAACCGAGCUAAGCAGUCGCUGGUCUGAGGAAACUCUGAAUACGAGACUGUUUACCUCGCUUCCUAUACGCGGCCUGGUUUUCUUUCUUUUUCUUUCUAUUUUUUUUUCUUCUCCAUAUUCCCUGAACAAAGAAUCUUUUCUUAUUUUCACACCCCUCUUCUGCAGCUCCCUUCCCGUCCCCGGCUUACAGUGAACCAGACCCACCCCCGCACUCUCCACCCCAGUCCACCCGCCCACGCAUUUUCGUGCAUGCGAGAUUUAGCCGUGGCUAAUGACGGCACGAAAGGAAGCAGCAUGGCGGAGAGAUCAACUCGUCGGUCCACGGCCACUAAGGCGGACAAGCAGCUCCUGUCAACUGCCAGCUAGUAAACAUCGAAAACAUUCCUACAUCAGCUCCAGGGUUUUAGCUAAGAAACACCCAUCAGUGGCCUUAUUCACGAGCCGAAACAAGCAGCGCCUCUCUCUCGAGCUCGUGGGCGUCAGCGGAUAUGACGUCAUUGCAGCUGCAAAGGGAAAAGGUGCAUAACGGUCUCUACUAUGACUGAGAAUAGCGUGUGCACCAAAAAAA